CUAUUUACAGUUAAAUACUUAAAACAAUGUCUACCAGUCCGAAGCCAGUUAAAAAAGUUCCCAUCCAUUUACAGAGUGCUCAAAAUCGGGUUUAUAUCAAAAAUGGCCAAAUUGUUAAUCACGACAAAACCUUCAAAGCCGAUGUCUACAUUGAAGAUGGCACAAUCAAAUUUGUUGGACCACCCUCCGAAAUUGUUGUACCUGGCGGUGUGCGUAUCAUCGAUGCUUCCGGUCGUUUGAUCCUACCCGGUGGCAUUGAUCCACACACUCAUUUUCAAUUGAAAGUUGCGGGAACAGUGACGGCCGAUGAUUUCUAUCAUGGCACUAAGGCAGCUGUGGCUGGCGGUACCACCACAAUCAUCGAUUGCGUAUUUCCGGAUAAAAGUGAAUCCCUUGUAGAGGCGUAUGAUACAUGGCGUGCGUGGGCCGAUCCCAAGGUAUGUUGCGAUUAUGCUUUACAUGUGGGGCUAACUUGGUGGUCCAAAUCUGUGUCUUCGGAAAUGAAAAUCAUGUGCGAAGAAUUGGGUGUGAAUUCGUUUAAAAUGUCCAUGGCCGAUAAGGGUGUUAGCCAAUUGAAUGAUUCCGAGCUGUUGGAUGCCCUGGAACGUAUACGUUCCUUGGGCGCUUUGGCUUUGGUUCAUGCAGAAAACGGUGAUAUUAUUGCCAAAAAUGUAUCGAAACUUUUGGCUUCAGGUGUUGUUGGUCCAGAGGGUCAUGAACUGUCACGCCAAGAGGAAGUGGAAGCAGAAGCGGUAAAUCGGGCUUGUAUUUUGGCUCAUCAGAUGAAAGCUCCAUUGUAUGUGACAUCCAUUACAUCCAAAACCUCUGCUGAAAUUGUAGGACGUGCCAGACGCAGCGGUUACUGUGUCUUUGGUGAGACAUUGGCCAGUUCAAUUGGCCGCUCCAUGCAUGGUAUUCCCAAACAUGAGCGUAUCUAUUACGCUACAUGUCCUCCAAUUCGUGAAUCCCCUGAAACUCCCAGCCAGUUAAUGAAAUCAUUGGCUUAUGAUGAUCUUCAAGUUACCGGCAGUGAUAAUCGCACCUUCAAAAAGGAAGAUAAAGCCCGUGGCAUGCAUGAUUUCUCGAAAAUCCUUAGCGGUACAAAUGGUGUUGAGGAUCGCAUGUCAAUUGUUUGGGAAAAGGGUGUACACGCUGGUUUGUUCGAUCCCAGCCGUUUUGUGGCCGUUACCAGUACCAAUGCUGCCAAAAUCUUCAACCUGUACCCACAAAAAGGACGCAUUGCUGUCGGUUCCGAUGCUGAUGUUGUCAUCUGGAAUCCCAAUGCUACCCGCACUAUUUCCAAAGAUACCCAUCACCACCGUGUUGAUUUCAAUAUUUUCGAGGGUAUGGUCUGCCAUGGCGUACCCGAAAUGGUGUUGGUCCGUGGUCGCGUUUGUGUUGAACAUGGCACGGUGCGUGUAGCCGAAGGUUUUGGUCGUUUCUUGAAUCCCGAAGUUCGUUCACCAUAUGUCUACGAUGUCUUGGAGGGUAAAGUGAAAUUGAACGAAGAACGUAAUGGCGAUGACCAGCAUGUCGACGAACAAUUGAAUGGUGAUAUGAAAAAAAUGAAUAUGACCGCUUUGGAAAUUGAGAUACCAUAUCAGGAGUCAUUGUCACCAUCUCAGGGUCUGGCAGCGGGUGGUGGUGGAGGUUCGUUGGGUACAAAUUCGCCAUGUGGUCUCGGCCAUGUGCAAGGUUCAAGGAAUAUGCAAGAAUCGACAUUUUCAAUAAGCGAGGAAUUGGAUAAAUCAGGUAAUCGCUCCUGCAUCAAAGUUCGAAAUCCUCCUGGUGGCAAAUCAUCUGGCUUCUGGUAAAUAAAUCGGUCACCACGCCGAGAAGGAAAUAUCCUCAUCGCACAACAAA